AUGAAGAAAAAAUUAAAUAUUUACGACAGCGAGAUAAAACUUAAACACCAAGAUCUACCGAAGAGCUUCCUCGCGCAGAAAACCCCACAGAAAGAAUGCAAAAAACAAACCCCACGAAGAAAACAAGUUCGAUGCGCAGCGGUCAUUGGCCUAACAUACAUUCACCGACCGGGCCCGAAUCGGACGGACGAGCGAAAAGGAAAGAACUUUUGCCGCCGUGUAGAUUCGCAACACCACUUGCAGCCCCACUGUGCCCCAGCUCCCCACCAGCCCUGUUCACCCCAGCCUGCCCUGUUCCCCACCCACCAGCCUGCCCCAGCCCUGUUCCAGCCCCAGCCACCUGUUCCCACCACUGUUCCCAGUCUGUUCCCCAACCCACCUGUUCCCCACCCCAGCCCCAGCCCACCACUUGUUCCCUGUUCCUGUCUGUUCCCCACUCCAGCCUGUUCCAGCCCCACUCCCCAGGCCCUGUUCCUCUGUUCCCCACCAGCCCCACUGCUCCCUGUCUCACUGUUCCUGUUCCCACCUGUUCUGUCUGCCCAGCUCCCACCUCAGCUCCUGCCCCACCCUGUUCAGCCCCUGUUCCUGUUCCUGUUCCACACGCUCCUGUCUGUUCCUGUUCACCUCACCCAAAAUCUGUUCUCCACCCUCAGUUCCUGUUCCUGCACUCCAGGCCCAGGUUCCAUCCCACCACCUGCCCCCAGCCCCCAGUUCAGCCCCAGCCCGUUCCCCACUCCAGCCCCCACCACCUGUUCCAGCCUGUUCCUGUUCCACCAGCUCCCAGCCUGUCUGCCCUGUUCUCACUCCCUGUUCCAGCCCCAGCCUCACCCCAGCCCACUGCCUGAAAUUCACUCCCAGCCUCAGCCUCAGCCCACUCAGCUUAUCCCAGCCUCAGCCCCACUCCAGCUUUUAGCUUAG